AAAUAGUGCCUCUCAUUCAGGUGAGAAGUAAGCACUACGCUUUUUAUAUUGAAAAAAAAAAUAAUAAAUAAAUAACAUAACCAAAAUUUUUUUCUAUUAAUUUCAUGACACUGAUUUAAAAGUUAUUAUUUUAAAAGUUUUAAUAUUAACGCAAAAGAUGGCUGAUAAAGAAAGAUAUUUGCAAAUAAUUUUACUUUUAAAUCUAUUGUUUCAAUUUUGUUCUUCGACAAACGAUCAAUACACGUUGGAAUCUGUACACAUUAUAUUUAGACACGGCGAUCGGACACCAAGCAAAUUAGAGAUAUAUCCUAAAGCACCUUAUGAUUCUAUCUACGAGUCACUUGGUUACGGCCAAUUAACCGAUAAAGGGAAGAUAAGAGAGUUUCAACUUGGCGCGUUGUUGAGAACGAAGUAUAGUAAAUUUUUAGGCGGCCACCACACGUAUGGCAGCGUGUAUGCCUACAGUUCGGAUGUCGAUCGAACGAAAAUGUCGUUGCAACUAGUCCUGGCCGGUAUAUAUCCACCCACGAUCGACGACGAAGGAGCCAUCCGUUUAUCACCGAUACCCGCUUAUUACGUGCCGAAUAUCGUGGACAACAUAAUGUUUUCCUCGUUGUGCCCGAAGUACAUAAAAGAAUAUUUCAGAGUAUCCAAUUUACCCGUAAUUCAUAAAGAAAUAUUGAAAAACAAAGAUCUUUUGAAUUAUCUUGAAGAACACACUGGUUUAAAUAUGACAAACAAUCCACUUCUUCAAACAUAUAAAUUGCAUCAUUUCUUAAUGUCACAGAUAAGCAUGAAUAUCGCCCUUCCGGAAUGGGCAACCGAGCAAGUUCGAAGUAAGAUGGAAAAACUCGUGGCGUUAGAAUACGAUAUCUUAUCUUACAACACGUUAAUGAAACGAUUGAAUGGAGGUUUUAUUAUAAAAGAGUUCUUAAAAAAUCUAAAUAAACCAGGGAAUACAAACGCUCCCAAGAUUUAUGUAUAUAGUGGACAUGAAUUAAACAUCGCAGCUUUUGCCAAAGCGCACGACUUAACCGAACCAAAACUACCUGCCUUUGGAUCUGCAAUCGUAGUCGAAAAAUUACGGAAUCAUAGUGGUGUGGCUCAUAUUCAAAUGCAUCUGUGGACUGGAGUUACGGAACAAUUAAUCACUUAUAAAAUUCCCAAAUGUGAAAAAAUAUGUAAUUAUAACAAAUAUUUGAAGCUGAUCGAACACGUUAUUCCUUUAGAUGAAGAAUUAAAUUGUUUAUGGAAUAACGUAUCGAUAAAUUCUUUGCAAGCAUAUUAUGAUGGUGAUAAAAUUCCUGUAUACAAUGUUAUAUCGUUAUAACUUCACAAGUUCCGGCCAAUCGCGAUCAUAUAUUUGCAAGGGAUACGAAACUUGAGUUUCGUUUCAUUUUUGUUAAUA